AUGUCGAACAAAAAGCAAGCAUCACUAUUUACGUUUUUUUCAAAGACUCCUAAAGUGCAAAAACAAGCGUCCGAAAAUUCAGCUAUAACUACUUCAGAGUGUAAGAAUAAUAUUUUUGUAAAUUCUUCAAAUAAAAAAUUGCCAAAUGAUGAUCAACAAGAAGCAGAGUGUCCAGAUGACAAUUUCCGAACGAAAAAGCGUCAUAUAAUUGAAGAUAGCAACUUUUCGAAGAUAAAAAGAAAAUCUAAGAGAGCUCGUGCUAUUUUAUCUUCUGAUUCUGAAUCAGAUAUUGAAAAAACUGAAAUAGAAACAGAUAUCUUUCCUGAAAAAGAAAUAAAUACUUUUGUGGAAAAUUUAUCAACUAAUAGAGAUGUUGGUUGUUUAAUGUGA